AUGCGCAUCAAUAGCUGGAUCCCGCUAGUGCUGCCUCUCGCGGCAGCUCGCUCGGUGAACUUUGACGAAUUUGCUCGUCGUCAAGUGCCUAAUAAGCCUACCGGCAUGAAGACUAUCAACACGGCCAACAAUAUCACUAUCCGAUACAAGGAACCCGGCAAGGAAGGCGUCUGUGAGACGACUCCAGGUGUCAAUUCAUACUCCGGCUACGUGGACCUUUCGCCCACCGCGCACACUUUCUUCUGGUUCUUCGAGGCCCGUCACGAUCCUGAAAAUGCCCCUAUUACGCUCUGGCUGAACGGCGGUCCUGGAAGCGAUUCGUUGAUCGGCUUGUUCGAAGAACUGGGACCCUGUCAUAUCAACGAGAAUAACGAGUCCUAUAUCAACCCCUACUCGUGGAACGAGGUCUCAAACAUGCUUUUCAUUUCGCAACCCCUCGGAACCGGCUUCUCAUACUCUGAAGAGGAGGAUGGCUCUCUUAACCCCUUUACCGGCUCCUUUGAAGAUGCCUCCUUCGCCGGUGUCCAGGGCCGCUACCCAGUUAUCAAUGCCUCGUUGAUCGACGGUCAAACUAAUGGAAUCAAAGAUACCACCAAUCUCGCUGCCAAAGCUGCGUGGGAAGUCCUGCAAGGAUUCCUUGGGGGCCUGCCCAAGCUGGACUCGAAGAUCAAGUCGAAGAGCUUCAACCUGUGGACUGAGAGCUAUGGAGGACACUAUGGCCCAGCCUUUUUCGAUCACUUCUACGAAGAAAAUGAGAAGAUUGCCAACGGCACUGUGGACGGCAUUCAGCUUGAAUUCAACACGCUGGGUAUAAUAAACGGAAUCAUCGAUGAGGCAAUCCAGGCUCCUUACUACCCCGAGUUUGCACGUCACAACACCUACGGUAUCGAAGCGGUCAACGAAACCGUCUAUAACUACAUGAAAUUUGCCAACGAGAUGCGCAAUGGUUGCCAGGACAUGGUUGCGAACUGCAAAGCAACUAACCGUACCUCGAUGUCAGACUACGCUCUCUGCGCGGAGGCAACCAACAUGUGUCGUGACAACGUCGAGAGUCCAUACUAUGCUUACAGCGGCCGUGGCACCUACGAUAUCCGUCACCCACACGAUGACCCUACGCCCCCGAGUUAUUUCGUGGACUACCUAGCUAAGGACUCGGUAAUGAAUGCCAUCGGUGUCGACCUGAACUACACCAUGUCAAACAGCGAUAUCUACUACGCUUUCCAGCAGACUGGAGACUUUGUCUGGCCCAACUUCCUCGAGGAUCUGGAAGAUAUCCUCACCCGCCCCGUGCGCGUUGCCCUGAUCUACGGUGACGCCGACUACAUCUGCAACUGGUUCGGUGGCCAGGCUAUUUCCCUCGCAGCCAAGCACGAGACCAGCAAGGAGUUCCAAGCCGCCGGUUAUGCACCUUUCCUCGUUGACGGCGUCGAAUACGGCGAGACCCGCGAAUACGGCAACUUCUCCUUCACCCGUGUGUACGAGUCUGGCCAUGAAGUUCCCUUCUACCAGCCCAUUGCCGCGCUGCAGCUCUUCAACCGUACCCUGAAUGGAUGGGAGCUGCCGACGGGACAGAAGAAGUUGACGCCCGGUUUCGGUUCCACUGGACCGGCUUCUGCCACGCACACUCAGGCGUCGGUUGCCCUGCCGACUUGCACUGGGAAAUAA